CAGGAAUGAGGUCUCGCCGGCGUCUGCUGCCACCAUGAAAAAGAAGGGGGUGGGCGGCAGUGGACGGAGCCGCAUCAACGCACCAGAGGCUGUCGCAUCCAAAUGCGCGCGGAGCGACAGCGGCGGCCACAACGGUCUGGACUCUGCUUCUCCCGGCGCUCCCAGCGGUAAGCAGCCCGUCGUGAUGGAUGACGCGGAGGACGGAGAAGAGGAGUCCAAGUUCCAGUAUCCGCGGCUGCGCCGAGCCGGGGGGAGCGGCAGCAGCGGAGGUGGAGGCGGCAGUAUCAGGAUGAAGAACUUUGCACCAGGAGGGGGAGCCGCGUCCUCGGCUUCCAGGAGAAACUCCAACAAGGAGCCCUGCCUUACGCACACAGAGGACGUUCCUGCUGCCUCACGGCCCACUGCUGCCUCCAGAGCUAACGAGACACCCUGUCCAGGGGAUGCUGCCCACCGGGGCGAGACCAGGAGAUCAUCUGGGGCGGAGGCGUCGGAAUCUGCGGGCGCAGACGCGUUGAACACGACAACGAGUGAUGGUUGCAACGGCGUCGCACCGGUAUCUAGCAUGAAAUGCAACAAAAACGGAGAAUGCAGGAGGGACUCAGGAACCGGGAGCCUGCGCUCAAUCAUCUCCAAGCAGGAGAAGCAGACGGCGGGGUCGGGGAGAACGGAGGACGGAGGGGGUGCCAAAAGAGGAGCCUGUAACUCAGCCACCGCAAGCAUGGACGGCUCCAUCACACCAGGCGGGUCUCUGACCGGGGGGCAAGGAGGAGAGAGCGCGAACCCCGGAUCCAGCGGUGUCCCCGAGAAAAAGGACUCGAAGGUGUCCUUCUCCAACGCGCCGAGCCGGAAAGCCUCAUCCUCGCUGCAUGGCCCGACCCAGACUCAAACCCAGCAGCCAAGGAACUCUGUCACUUUUCAGAAGCAAGAGGAUGGACCGCCAAUUGUGCCCGCGGAGGAUGCUGAGCCCCGGGGCAGCCAAGCCAGCUUCAUGCAGCGGCAGUUCAGUAGUAUGCUGCAGCCUGGAGUUAAUAAAUUCUCCUUACGCAUGUAUGGUAGCCAAAAAGCGGUGGAGAGGGAGCAGGAAAGGGUCAAAUCGGCGGGAAACUGGAUUAUCCACCCUUACAGCGAUUUCAGGUUCUACUGGGAUUUUACAAUGCUGCUGUUCAUGGUGGGCAACCUGAUCAUCAUCCCUGUGGGCAUCACUUUCUUCAAGGACGAGACUACAACACCCUGGAUCAUCUUCAACGUGGUCUCUGACACCUUCUUCCUCAUGGACCUGGUGCUAAACUUUCGCACUGGAAUCAUCAUAGAGGACAACUCAGACAUUAUUUUGGACCCCAAAACCAUUAAAAAGAAGUACUUAAAAACCUGGUUCAUUGUAGACUUUAUAUCCUCCAUCCCAGUGGAUUACAUAUUCCUCAUUGUGGAGAAAGGGAUAGACUCUGAGGUGUACAAGACUGCUCGUGCCCUGAGGAUCGUUCGCUUUACCAAGAUCCUUAGUCUUCUGCGGCUGUUGAGGCUCUCUAGAUUGAUACGCUACAUUCAUCAAUGGGAAGAGAUUUUUCAUAUGACCUAUGACCUGGCCAGUGCGGUGAUGCGGAUCUUUAACCUGAUUGGUAUGAUGCUGCUGCUGUGUCACUGGGACGGCUGCCUACAGUUCCUCGUUCCCAUGCUGCAGGAAUUCCCCUCAGACUGCUGGGUGUCUCUCAACAAGAUGGAGAACGAUACCUGGUCUGAACUGUACUCCUUUGCCGUUUUCAAGGCAAUGAGCCACAUGCUGUGCAUUGGUUACGGCCGACAGGCACCCGAGAGUCUGUCAGAUAUCUGGCUGACUAUGCUGAGUAUGAUUGUAGGAGCUACCUGCUAUGCUGUUUUCAUUGGCCACGCAACAGCUCUGAUUCAGUCCCUGGACUCCUCCAGGCGGCAAUAUCAAGAAAAGUACAAACAAGUGGAGCAGUACAUGUCCUUCCACAAGCUGCCGGCUGACUUCCGACAGAAAAUCCAUGACUAUUAUGAGCACAGAUACCAAGGUAAAAUGUUCGAUGAGGAGAGCAUCCUGGGAGAACUCAGCGAGCCUCUACGAGAGGAAAUCGUCAACUUCAACUGUCGCAAAUUGGUAGCAUCCAUGCCGCUAUUUGCCAACGCAGAGCCAAACUUUGUGACCGCCAUGCUGACUAAGCUGCGGUUUGAAGUGUUCCAGCCGCACGACUACAUCAUCAGAGAGGGAACCAUCGGCAAAAAAAUGUACUUCAUCCAACAUGGCGUGUGCAGUGUCAUCACCAAAGGAACCCUUGCCAUGAAACUGUCCGACGGCUCUUAUUUUGGAGAGAUCUGUUUGUUGACGAGGGGCAGGAGAACAGCCAGCGUGCGAGCAGAGACCUACUGUCGACUCUACUCCCUGUCUGUCGACCACUUCAACGAGGUGCUGGAAGAGUAUCCCAUGAUGAGACGAGCCUUCGAGACUGUUGCCAUCGACCGCCUGGACCGCAUAGGUAAAAAGAACUCCAUUCUGAUGCACAAAGUGCAGCAUGACCUCAACUCUGGCGUGUUCAACAACCGAGAGAACGAGAUGAUCCAAGAGAUUGUCAAGUACGACCGUGAGAUGGUGAAGCUGGUGGAUUUACAGCGGCCGCGGGCCAUGUCUAUGACCCCCUCCAUCGGCGGCAUCUUUGCGCCUCCGGGUCAACCGCAGACGGGUUCAGCUAUUGCCACCCUCCAACAAGCAGUUGCCAUGAGUUUCUGUCCUCAGAUGGCGAGUCCUUUGGUUGGACCUGGGACGCUGCAGUCUCCCCGAAUGGUGCGAAGGUUCCAAGUGAUGCAGAACUUGUCCAGUCCUGUUUCUAUGAGUCCUGUUCAAUCGCAACACCCCCAGACGUUCGGAGGGGCAUUUGGAUCUGCAAUUUCCAGCCCUCCUGUCCAAAGCCCUCUCGCAGCAACAGGACGGACUUUCCAGUACAUGGCGAGCGUAGGGCCCUCGGGGUCCCAGUUGUCCCUGGUGCAGCACCAUGCACCCAGCCCCACCCAGAACCAGCAGAGGCCUGCCUCACACAAGAGCACUCACUCCCUUCACACUGGCAGCCUGAGCCAAGAUACCAGAGCCCUGUCUGCGUCGCAGCCUUCACUCCCCCAAGAAGGUACACCACAAGCUGCCUCCGCAGCGCCCAGCCCUCCGCCCUCCACCCGUACCUCCAACUCCUCCAUUGGCCCUACGCAGCCCCCUCACCAUAGCUUACCGGGACCUUCGGGGGUGGGGAGAUCAGCAGGAGCUCAGCAGAGGGUGGCCUUUGCCUCCACACCUCCUCCUGGUGGACCUGCUGGAGUGGGGGCUGUAGCAGCUGCUGCUGGUUCAGGACCUCCAGAUUCUGGAGUUCCUAAGAAAGACUCGAUUGUCAGCCUUCCAGAGCUAGACUCUGCCAGAUCCCGGCUGUCUUCCAACUUGUGACCCUGGUAGAGUUUAGGAAUGAGGCCUUUUUUGUAGGAGAAUCUGUUCGGUUAAGGUCAGUACAGCUGAUCGCUCAACUUGCAAAAUGACCAAUCAGCUACUGCCAGCGCCAGCAGUCGUUCGACCUGGAUGCACUGUGUGCUGGUGUCAGCCGAAAGAUAAGAGCUACUCAACGUCUUGAGACAGUUUGGUCAGGAGGAGUCUAUACAAUUAAACUAUAUAACUUAAGGUUGAACUGGUCUAGUUUACUGUGCCAGUACCUUUAGUCUUAGUAUCACCACUUUCACUCUGCUUCCAAACACCUACUGUAUAUUGCUGUCUUUACUGUAAAGAUAUGAGGAAAAGUAUGAUUAAUGUACCUUUUGCAUACUGUGUAGAAUUCAUGCAAUGCAAUCUAGCAGGAGCUGGACUUAAAUAUGAAAAUCAGGGACUUGAGGUCAAACGACAAUGACAUUUUAAGUGUUCAAAUGUGUUUUGAGUGUAUUUUUUCUGUAAAAGCCGUCGUAGCAAAAGAAUCCACAUUUUCAUAUUGUUUCCAACAGUAGUGGAAUUAGUGUUUUAGACCGCUGGUCGAUCUUACAUCUGUGUGUAAAUAGUUGCUGAAAAAAAGAAGUAUGGAUGCAUAUUAUAUUCAUUGUAUCUACCCAAACCAAAGUUGAGCUUGAACACCAAGUCUGGUUGUGUCUGUAUCAACUAAAAAAGAAAAAUAGAAGAAAAUGCCAUUUAUUUAACUGCCUUGAUUCAACGUUAGAAGCCAUAUAUUUGGUUUGUGCGUAUGUAUAUCUGUGGGUGUGGGAUUGCGUGCGCGAGUUUGUUGGUGCGUUUCGGUUUCCAUUUUGAGAGACGGGCCUAGCGCCCUCGACUUGCUGACAGCGGCACUGCCCGUUUUCAUGAAUCAUUUGCAAAAGUGGUCAGCUGUUUUCUCAGCAUACUGAUUGUAACUCUGAAGGCAAAGAUGGAUAUAUAAUCCGAGCUUUACUGAAAGGAAACAUUCGUGAACAAUUCAUACUGUAUACUUGCUUGUUUCUGUCUAGGUUCAUCGAUUAACACAUGCAAUAUAAUUCUGCAAUACUCUACCCCGCCUAUAUAUAAAUAUAUACGAGUAUAAAUAUCUAUACAUAUGCUGUACAGGAAAGUGAACUUCUCUUUUUAAGUUUUCUUUUUAAUGUGAAAUCUUAAAGAAUCCAGCAGCUAUUUGUGGCUUCACUUGAGGUAUUGUAAUAUUGUGACCAUGUUGUUACCUUAACCAAAAAUGUUUGAGGGAAUGAAAGGAUGUGCUGCAAUGUAAUUUUUGUUUUAAAAAAAAGAAAAAAGUUAUCGAACUGAGCGCUUCAAACUGGUUCAGACUCCCAAGAGGAAUCCGUGUUGGAGUCCAGCAAGCCAGAUCCUCGAAAAUGUCACUUUAAAGCCCAUUUUAAGGGAUUUGAUUUUAAAAUUAAAUGGUUGGGGUGAGCAAUAUGGCGCACAAACGCCUCACUUGUAAAAAAAAAAGAAAAAAAAAGAAAAAAAUUCUGUGUGCCCGUAUCUGCUGGAACUCCAGUGAAUGUCUUGAUUUUUAGAUCCACAGCAAUCCUAUGGUUAAAAUUGUGGGACUCUGUUGAAAACUGGGAUAGUUUUACUCGAAACAUUCUAACGCCGUUGAACCUAAAAUCCUUCUAUUGCUGAAUGUAUGCCAUACAAGAAGGAAGACAGCUAAUCAAUUAUAAACUGCCAUGUACAUAAAGGGACCGCGAUUUAAAGAGGCUUUUAUGAUGCAAGAGGAUUGUGGCGUUGCUUUCUGAGUUGCCGAGUGUCUGUGUGAAUUUUAUUUAUUUAUUUUUUUAGGUCUGUUGAUGCUUAUCUGGGUUGCUGUAUUUAAUCUUUAUUAUUUAUUUGACAUUUAUGCUAAAACCCAGAUCUAACAUGAGAAGAUACGUUUUGUAAAAAAAUAAUAAAAUAAAACCAAACAUAUUAUUUAUUAAAAAAAAAAAAAAGACGAAGAGUGGGCAUGAAUGAGAGCGAGUUGAGACCAUUUUGAACUCUUCUGUCCAAAGCAAGCACUGAGGACAUCCUGUCAAGCACCUUGCGUUGCACUAAGACCUGGUUAUCUAAGAUACGAGUCGAUGCUCUGUUGCUUCUCCUUGGACUAAUGUGUGGUUAAACUGCAAGAACGAGAAGGGAAUCCAAUUGGGAUAGAUAACAGGCAGCUGAGUCAUUGUGUUCAACUCUGUCAGCUUAGAACAUUGAUCCAGAGCCGGACUGUAAAAUCAAUGUGAUGCACGUUUACUCAGGUUUGUUACCUUUCCAGAGAGAUGUAUUGACUGCUGCAACAUGGUUUUCCAUUCAUUUAGUUAAACUCAUCUAUGCUCCCAUUUGGAACUUGUUAGCUUGACCACUCUUGAAGAUUCCCCUUGAGUCAGAUUGGAGCAGAGGACCUUGUUGGAUUGUUAUUAGUGUGUCCUAAAAGUUGUUUAAAUCUUUAAACAAGGUGGAGGUGAUUGUUUUUAUCCAAGGGCUUCAUUAUACGGCUUAAUCUCGUUGUAACUGCAUUUCCCCUUCCUGUGUGAUCAUGCUCUAUACAAACCGUGUCCUGUGUCAUGCCUGGGUCACAGUAUAGUGACCCUGUUUUGCCAGCAACAUAGAAACCUUGUAUUGCUUUUUUUUUUUUCCUGUGGGAAAGGUACAUGCCAAAAUUCCAAUAUGAUUGUGAACAAACUCCAUUCGAGCCAACGGCUGUAGUGUGCUCCUGUACAGUUUUAGCGCAAUCACUUGGUUCUCUUUCCUAUUCCUUUGUGCUAAUACCAGAGUUUGCCCUAUUAAGCUGCUAACAAGACUGUGCUGAAAUCAUGUGAAUGGGUUCACAGUCAGAGUGAAGCAAGAUGGGAGAGUUGAUAGGUGAUAUUCCAUGUCAGGGAUGAUUCUCUGUGACUGCGUCCAUCCGGUAAGAUGUGUAGUGUGCAAUUCACUCCUGCUCAGAAAUAUUAAUAAAAAAACGGCAUCUGAGACACUUUGGUGACUCUGUUUGAACUCUCAUCCAAGAGGCAGGUUAUAGUUCUGAUAGGAAGAAAAACACGCAUCUGUCAGUUCGUCUGCUUCAAGCCCCCGCUGGCAGGUCAUGGGAUGUGCUGCUGCAUUGGCCAAACGAUGAGGGACUCAGGGUGUGAUUGUCUGUCGUUCCCCCCUUCUGGACCUCUCUUCGAGGGGAAAUUGAAAUCCCUCAUUUAUGUUUGACACAGACUGACAAUUAUUGAGAAUAUCAAAGAUUCAGACCUCUCAUUUAUGCUGUACCAGACAUUAAGGGUACUGAAUGCCUUGGUGUUGAUGUGUUAGCAAAUCAGGGUAUUAUUUUUGUUUGUUUCUCUGUCUCGUCCCUUUUGUUUUGCUGUUUUACAGUUUGUUUGUGCUCUGUGCACAUGGACUGUAUAUACCUUGUGCCUAGUACAUUUAGUUUCCACAUAGUCUAUUUUUGUGGUAUGGAUGUGCCUGUAAAAAUGCAGAUACGUGUCAUUAUUUUCAACUUGCAAUAUAUGUAAAAAAGAAAAAAAACAUUAGAUGAAGACUAGUCUUGCUGAAUUACAAUGACAAUGUCAGUAUAUAUAAUUUUUCCUGAUACGGGAAACACAAAAUUGCACAUUUUUGUUGGUUUGAGCCUUCCAACACCAUGCGCGCUGUACUCUGUACUUUCAUGUUCAGUACAUAAGAUAUACACAGUGAUCUGGAGCACAUUGUUUUUACCACAACCUGCUGUACAAGGAACUUUUUUUUUUUUUUUUUUUACAGUGAUAGGGUGAGUUCUGACUGGUUCUGGGUGGAUACCAACAGUCUAGAAGUUAGCUGAAAAAUGACCUGCUUGUCGCAAGGAGCCAAAAAUAUCACCAACUGUGGAGAUGCUUGCACAAUAUCCCUGAAAAUAAAUACAAAAAAAAUCUGUGCUUAUGCUGGAAAUUUGUUGUCAAACUUGAAGAGUUCCUCACGCUGAUGCUGGUUGCACACUGAUCUGGUGUUCUUCAUUAGGAAAGAAAAGCUCUCUCCAAGGGUGAAUCUGACUAAUGAGCCUCAGCAGUCAUGGGAGCAUGACUCCCAAUUGCGUCACCUGACAGGUAAAGCAGAGUGCAUGCUUGUAAUUUUCUUAUCUAAGCAGAGUUCUGUGUGUAAUUCUUUGUGGGACCUUCAAAUCUAGACAUUGUUGUGUACCGAUUACUGUACGAUGAUUUAAUUUAGUCUAACAGUUAAACUUUUGUGUCGUAGCUACUGUAGCCUGCUUAACUUACCUAAGCCUUCUCUCUGCUUCAGGACUCUGUGUGCUUGAGUUUGUGUGUGCGUGUGUGUGUUCCUGUGCCUUUCCUUCUAUAAUGUUGGUCCCACUUGAGAACAUGAUGCCAUUUAGGGGACUGAGGCCCACAUGAAACCGGGAGGUGCCAGCACAAGCAGAAGAGCGUUAAAUGGCCAUGACUACGUUUGUUCCAUAAACAAACAAAAAAAUAAUAUUAACAACAACAAAAAGGCUUUCUAGAAGUGACAUUAGCACAUCCUUAGACUUAGUAGCAUUCCACAACCUGCACGAUCUGCUCUGCGCGAGCAUCCAAACACACUUUACCAGCACCGUGUGGACCACAGCACAGAUAUCUGACACUGCAUGUGUUCUCUUUCUCUGGAGGCCAGUUUGCAACCAUCUCAGGCUGUGCUUCAGGCUUCUGAAAAUAGCUUCAAGUGUUACGGAACUACAGCUCUGUUUAGGUUCAUGUCUCCAAUCCAGGGACAACUCAGCUCCCGGCCCAAGCCACAGUACGACCAAAUCUGUCUCAAGAGGACACUUGGUGACAUUUGUUUGUGUCCAGUCCUUGCAGGUUGUGAUGCACAGCUCUUGGCCAGGGUGUGGGGCUGAUUUAAACCCUGUGUUCUAGAGGCUGUCUUGUCCACCCCCUCUGCUGGACAAGAACCCAAAGCCACACCCUGGUCUAUCUCAAUAAGCUGGUCUGUCAGUCAGUGGCAAUGUUGUUUAAGCAUUCGUAAACAGAUGAUACAUUGUUGUGCAAUAAAAAGAUGAGCGCAUUGGCAUACUGA